AUGAUGCUUCGUCUCCCCACCCUCACCGCCCUUAAACCCUCAACCCCCACCGUCAGCUCGAACCCUGUCGGCUGCAGCCAUGGCCGCCGCCGCAAGCUCAUCUUCGCCUCAUCCGCUCCUCCGCCGUCUUCUUCGGCUUCACGGCCUCCGAAGCCGACGUCGAACCCGGAACCACCGAAGCCCACACAUGAGGCCCGCAUCCGGAACCCGGAUGACUCCACCGAGGUCUUCGCCUCCAUCCGGGAGCGCAACCCCGACGUCCUCGAGGGCAAAGGCGACAUCCUGAAGCCGAAAGCCGAGGAGGAGCAAGUACCAGACGAGGAGGAGGAGGGAGAGGGAGAACAGAAGCCUGUGGUGGAAGAGGAGGACCCGAGCUGGCCGCUGGAUGCCGAUGUCGGGUGGGGGAUCCGGGCGUCAGAGUACUUCGACAAGCACUCGAUCAGAAAUGUCACGGUGGACGGGGUGGAGAUCGAUUGGGAAGGGGAGGUCGACGAGGGGUGGGUCAAGGAAAUCAAUUGCUUGGAGUGGGAGAGCUUCGCAUUCCACCCCAGCCCCUUAGUCGUCCUAGUCUUCGAGCGCUACAACAGGGCUGCUGACAAUUGGAAGUUUCUUCAAGAAUUGGAAAAGGCUGCUAAGGUAUACUGGAAUGCUAAAGAUCGCUUACCUCCUCGGACAGUCAAAGUUGAUAUAAAUAUUGAGAGAGAUUUGGCAUACGCACUUCAAGUAAGAGAAUGUCCGCAGUUAUUGUUCCUUAGGGGAAACAAGAUCUUAUACAGAGAAAAAGUUUCAGUUGCCAAGAGUUCUACUAAUAAGUCACAACGUGAUUGUCUUUCACAUAUUUCAACAGAGAUAAGGACUGCAGAUGAGCUGGUUCAAAUGAUUGCCCAUUUCUACUACAACGCAAAGAGGCCUUCUUGCGUUAAUCCUGAAGCCGUUGCUUCUUUCUAG